AUGAAGUUGUUUAUCCUAGCUGUUCUGAUUGCCUAUCUAGGAGUCACAGAAUCCCAGAACUGCACUACUACGUGCAGACCUGGAGUCGAAUUUUUAUGCGGAAAAACACUGCGAAAUGGAAGGAUGAUCUACUGCACCUACAGGAAUCCCUGCGAGAUGGACCUCCACGCCUGCCGGAAACGGGAGGAGUGGACGAAACAUUUGACAGGUCGAUGCCCACGCGAUUCCGAUGAGUGCAGACUUUAGGGAGAAAAUUACCCGGCCGCAGGAGA